AUGGCUCUGGUCAUGCCGCUGGACUGCAGUGACAUCCAUAAUAAUGACAACAGCCGACCCAGCGGAGUGUACACCAUCUAUCCCAUCGGAUCCACGUCUGCUGUCCAGGUGUACUGUGACAUGGUCUCUCAAGAAGGACGCUGGACGGUGUUCCAGAGGAGGAUGGACGGCUCGGUGAACUUCUACAGGCCCUGGGAUCAAUACAAGUUUGGCUUCGGUAGUGCAGCAGGAGAGUACUGGCUCGGGCUUGAGACUCUCUUCCACCUGACGCUGAGGAAACGGUAUGAGCUGCUGGUCGACAUGGAGGACUUCAGUGGAAACACAGUGUCCGCUCGUUACUCCUCGUUCUCCAUCGACCCAGAGUCCUCCGGAUACACACUGCAUGUGUCUGGAUUCACUGAUGGAGGGGCAGGAGACUCCCUGAGUUCUCACAGCGGGCAGAAGUUCUCCACCUUCGACAAAGACCAAGACUCGUAUGCAGGGAACUGUGCCAGACUAUACUUGGGGGCAUUCUGGUACAGUAGCUGUCACUAUACAAACCCCAACGGGGUUUAUCGUUGGGGGGCUGACAACACUCUCUAUGCUGUUGGAGUUGAUUGGUACCAUUGGAAGGGUCAUGACGACAUCCUGUAG